AUGUCCUCCCACCUGCGCGCCCCAGCAGACGACGUCUACGGCACAUCGUCCUCCUCGCGCUACCUCAACGCCGGCACCAGCUCGCCGCGCCGCCAGCCCCCCACGCUCAAAUCGAAUCGGUCCUCGCAGUCCCUGCGCGGCGCGAGCCUAUCCCAGACGAUGGACGACGACGGCGGCUCGCGCUUUUCAUUGGCUCACGAGCUCGCGGCGGCGCUGAUGCCCGAGCCGAGCGCGGGCUCUAAAUUAUUAUCCGAGGAGUUCGGGAUCGAGUACGAUGAGGGCGCCGAGGGCAUCGACGCGGACGGGCCCAGGGCAGACGAGGAGGGCGCGCCGCUGGACCCGGGCGCGUCGCUCGCUGCCGAGCUCGACCCGCACGCCUUUGGCGUGGACCAUUCCCCCGCCGGGCUCGACAGCACGAACACGUCCGGGCUCGACUCGGAGUUCGACGAAGAACCGCUCGAUCCGGCGUUCGGCGGCGCCGAGCCGCCCGCGUCGUCGUCGGCGCUGCGCAGCCCGAGACGGGCGGAGCAGGACGCGAUGGCCGUGCUGAGCGGCGAUCUGGAGACGACGGACAAGUUCCUGGCCGAUCUUAGGCGGCUGGACGCGGAGAGCGUGAGCCAGCCGGCGCUGGAGCGGUUGGCGCUGGAGUGGAUCAGGAAGAUCGAUGAGAGUGCGCGGGAUAGGGAGGGCCAGGUUAGGGAGCUGUUGGAGUAUGAGAGGGAGUUUAGGAAGAUAUCGGCGGAUGCGCUUGCGGGGUUGCCCGCUAUCGAGGGCGUCGAUGGGCUGGCGGAUGAGGUGGCUGCUGCUCCCACGUCGACGGCUGCACCUGCUGCGUCACGACGUCCUCUGUCGGGUAUAUCGGAAGAUGCGGACGACUGGGAGGUCGAUCCGGACCGGCAUCUGCGAGAAGAGGAGGACGUAGAGGAUGCGCAGGCGACACCCAUCAAAGACUCCUUCUCCGUCCCGCCCCCACCGUCCAUCUCAGGCCCCGUAACACCAGCCAAAGCCGUCCCGCAACUCGCCCACCUACGCACAAGCACCACCUCCCUCGUCUCCUCCCUCGUCGUCAUCUCCGAGCACGCCCAAGUGAACGGCGCAGCGACGGCCGACGCGGGCCGCAAGAUCCGCGCGCUGAAGAACAAGCUCGGGGGUUGGCGGACGGACUGGGACAGUGCUGAGCGGAGCAGGCUGAAGAUCGAGAGGUGGGAGGAGGAUCCGGCGAGUAGGAUUAAUGGGCGGAAGGUUGUUGAGGAGCAUCUUAGGGCGUUCGAGUUGGCGAUGGCCGAGGCGAGUACGAAGACGCAGGCGAUUAUGGCUGCUUCAUAG